CUUUUUUUGCUCUGAAUUAUAUAUUCUUUUGUUUUGUUAAUCGAAUCCUGUUCACCUUAUUUUUAAUUAAAUGGAACACCGUGUUUUCGAAGCUCUGCAGGGCAGUCUGUCGCCAGAAGCCAACACACGAAUGGGCAGUGAGCUCAAUCUCAAACAACUGGAGCUCGAUUCCACCUUCUCCUCGGCAUUGUCGAAUGUUGCGCUAACUGAAGAGGCGGGACUGCCAGUCAGACAGGCAGCAAUUGUCCAGCUGCGUGGGUAUAUUGGACGCCAUUGGAGCAUUGCAUCUGCCAAGUACGAGCCAGGCCCAAUCCCUGACCAGGAGACAAAGAGCCAGGUGCGCGAAAGGGUAUUUUCACUGCUGAGCAGCGGCGACGGCAAGCUGCGCGCGGCGGCGGCGGCGGUUGUUGCCGGAAUGGCGCGGUACGACUGGCCCGAUGAGUGGCCCCAGCUGUUUUCGCAGUUGGUCGACAUGCUGCGCAGCGGCUCGCGCGACCAGACUCACUCAGCCAUGUACGUCUUCAGCGAAUGGGUCAACACUGAAAUGUCCGAGCAGCACAUGGAUCAGAUUGGCACGCUUUUGCCUGAGCUGAGGCGGAUCUUUGUCAGCAGUGGCAGCUACAGCACGGCGACCCGCGCGAUGGCCGUCCGCGUGUUCAGCGACUGUAUUGAGAUAAUCUCCAACAUGUCAGCCGGUCACAAAGACUUUGUCAACACACACGCGCCACCAAUUCUGAAGGAAUGGCUGGAGCCGAUUCUCGAGAUGUUUAAGCAGACAUUCAUCAAUAAGGGCACUGAGUCCAACAUACCGCUCAAGGCUGAGUGUGUCAAGGCGCUUGUCAGGGCUGCGCACGGGCUUCCAAAGCACAUGGCCCCGUACAAUGCAGUCGUUCUUGAGACUCUGUGGAUGCAGCUGCGCAGCCUGCAGGAGCCAUUUUUGCAUGCGUUUGUCUACGAGGACAGCGACCAGAACGAAUCUGCGACCAAUAUGCUUGUUUUCUGCGAAGAGGACGGGGGUGCAUACUCAAUCGACAGCUAUCUGCUGGGCAUUUUUGAGUGGAUGGCUAAGGCCGCCGAGAUGCGCGCCAUGCGCAAGUUCUUUGUCACAAAGUCUACCGAUUCGGGCACAGCCGUGCCAACUGCAUUCUUCAACCAGCUUGUCAGCAGCCUGAUGAGCUACGCCCAAAUCACUUCUGAGAUGCUCGCAGACUGGGCGGACGAUAUGGAUUUGUUCGUCGCUGACGAGGACGAGGAGGGAUACCGCUUCAAUGUGCGCGUGUCGAUCCAGGAGCUCUUUAAAACGCUGGACAUGUCGUUCCCGGCACCUCUGACAGCGGCGCUUGGCUGGGCAGCGCAGGAGCGCAGCAAGACUGCUAGGCAGUGGCGGCUCGAGCAGAACAGCAACUGGUGGCUAGUCAGCGAAGCCGUUUUGUGGGCAAUUGGCACCAAUGCUGACAGCAUCGUCGAGCAGCAGAAGGAGAACAGGGGUACAGGCAUCGAACUUGGCUCACUUUUUGAGACUGACGUUUGGCCGCUGGCCCAGAGCACGCAGUUUCCCUACGGCCAGGGCCGUGCAUUUAUCUUUGCCUCAAAUUUUGCAAAGAUGCUCCCACCCAGCAUCGCUGAAGCGUUUGUGGACGCGAGCGCCAAGGCUGUGGCUGACACGCAACUGCACCCAGCAGUGCGCCUGAGUGCAGUGCGUGCCAUUGGAAACUUCAGCCGCCAUCUUCCCGCAGACACUGUCAAGCCACAGCAGGCCCCCUUCAUACUUGGGCUGGCAAGCAUCAUCCCGCAGCUGACGGAGGACUCAGCACACAUUGCAUUGGACGCCCUACACGCCACCCUGCGCGUGGACCACGACAUUACAGCGUCGCUGGAACCUGUGAUUAGUGAGAUUGCAAUGGGCGUCUGGCAGAAAUAUCCAGGCGACGUCUUGUUGACGAGCAUCGUCAUUGACAUUGUCGAGGACAUGGCGGGCAACGCACAGGCGUGCGAAGCAUUUGCACAGCGCGCUCUGCCCAUCAUCGGCAGCGCCAUGGCACAGAGCACAGACAGCACUGUGGUUGCGUCAGGAAUUGAUUUGCUCACAGGUCUUAUCAAGGGCGGGCCGUCGCCCUUGCCGCAGGGCUAUACGGAAAGCGUGUUCCCCGCCCUGAUGCAGGUCCUGUCGGUCUCUGCUGACAGCGAGGUUCUGCAGAGCGGCCAGUCCUGUCUAAAGUACUUUGUGCAGAAGGACGCUCAGCGGAUUGCCCAAUGGCACGAUGCCAGCGACGUCAGCGGGCUAGAGCUUGUCAUCCGCUUUAUUGCUGUGCUGCUGGAUCCCGCUGCAUCAGAGUCUGCGGCGCUAUUCGUCGGUGAUCUAGCCACAAAGGUCGUACUCAAAUGCAGUGCCUUCCUUGCUGGCGAUGUUUUGGCGGAAUUGGUUCGUGUGGCUACAGGGCGCCUGGCCACAGCGCGCACGUCGUCAUUUUCGUCAUCGCUGCUGCCGCUCUAUGCCCACCUAGUGUCGCGCCAUCCCGCCGAGGUCACUGAUCUGCUCGGCAGCAUGUCUUUUGACAGCCGCUCUGGACUGCUGGUGGUGCUGGACGCGUGGUUCCGUAACUUCUUUGACAUUCAGGGCUACUACAAUCGCAAGGUUUCGGCCGUCGCGCUGACCCGCUUGUUUGCGCUGGCCGAUCCGCGGAUUGGUGCUCUGGUUGUUCAGGGCGAUUUGAUUCCCAACGCCGCCAACACAGGCAGGAUCGUGACUCGUUCUGUUUCGCGGAAAACCCCUGACAAGUAUACACAGAUCCCUGCGCCGGCAAAGAUCAUCAAGCUGUUGCUGGGCGAAAUAGAAAUGGAUGUUGAGAGCAUGUUUGCGCGCAACGACGGCGCCGGUCUUAGUUCGAUGAUCGACGAGGCCGAUAUCGAUCGCGAAGAUGCAGAGGGAGACGGCUGGGAGGACGAUUCCGACUAUGACUCGCACGGUGAGGAUGGAUACGGUGACAAGUACGACUACUUGUCCGACUUUAUUGAUGGCGGCAUUGAUCUCGACGAAGGUGAUGGCGACGACGAUGAUAACGAUGCGGAUGUCUUGGCGGACCCCAUUUACAACCAGGAUCUCAAUGAGGCCCUAGGCGCAUUCCUGAAACAAGUGGUCCAGCUCGACCAGGCCAACUUUAUGGCAACAAUAGAACCCGCUCUGACCCCCAAAGAGAGGGCUCUUCUCAGCAAGCUCGCGCCUCCCGCCAACUAAUCGUGGAUGUUCAUCUCAUGUUAUUACAGUGCACCAGGUUUUAUAUAACUAAAUAUUUUUUACACAAUAAAAUUAG